AGCGGAGCGGAGCAGAGCGGGGCGGGGGCGGCGGCGGCGGCGCUUUGUUACCGGCCCGGGGGAGGCAGCGCGUCUCGCCGCACGGCGCGGCCUCGGCGGGAAGAGGGGCUGCGGUGCACGGCCUCCAUCCAUCCAUCUGUUCAUCCAUCCCACCAUCCCGCCGAGGUAGAUGUUGCUGAAGCCGUGUGUCAGCCGCAGCCUGCAUGUCCGCCCUGGGUGGAGCGUUCUCCUUUGUCGAGCUGGGAGCUGUUCUCCUGCCUCAGCCGAGCAGAAGAGGAGCUAGCGAGGAGACGGAAGGGAGCUGGAGUUGAUGCGGGAGAAGUUGGUGUGCGGGGGAGUCUGGAUUUCUGGCUUCUUGGAGAAACUCUAGAAGAUGCAAAACGAAAUAAUAAAGCCUGCUAAAUACUUCUCGGAAGUGGAGAAGAGCGUGCUGCUCGCACUAGUGGAGAAGUACAGAUAUGUACUUGAGUGUAAAAAAAGCGAUGCGAGGACUAUUGCUCUGAAACAACGCACCUGGCAAGCGUUAGCGCAUGAAUAUAAUUCACAGCCCAGCGUAUCUCUGAGAGACUUCAAACAGUUAAAGAAAUGCUGGGAAAAUAUCAAGGCACGGACAAAAAAGAUAAUGGCACAUGAAAGGCGAGAGAAGGUAAAAAGCAUUAGUCCACUUAUAAAUACUCACAUCAUAGGGAAGGAGAAGAUUGCCAGCAUAAUGCCUGAGCAAAUAUACUUUUUGCAGAGCCCACCAGAAGAAGAUUCUGAAUAUCAGCCUGAUGCUUCUAGUCAAGAGUCAUUUGUUGUCUCAAAUAGAGAACUCUGUGAUGAAGAGAAAGAGCUGAUACAUUUCCCAGUGUGUGAAGGUACCUCCCAGCCUGAGCCUUCAUGUUCUGAUGUCAGAAUAGCAGCAGAUAAGAACUACAGAAGUAAAGCAUCUCAGGAAAGUGCUCUGAAAAAGAUGCAUGAGGAAGAACAUCAUCAGCAAAUGUCGAUUUUGCAACUGCAGUUAAUCCAAAUGAAUGAAGUUCACGUGGCAAAAAUACAGCAAAUAGAAAGAGAGUGUGAGAUGGCUGAAGAGGAACACAGGAUAAAAAUGGAAGUGCUAAAUAAAAAGAAAAUGUAUUGGGAGAGAAAAUUGCAGACCAUCACAAAGGAAUGGCCUGUAUCAUCCUUUAACAGACCCUUUCCUAAUUCACCGUAGAACAUGAAGUGGCAGAAUUAAUCUGACUGAGCACAUUUAUAAGUAAUGCACACUGGAAAGAGGGUUUUCUAAUGUGAAUGUACAGUGGCAGAAUAGGUGCCCAGCUGACAGUGAACGCGCUUUGAUUCUUAACAUUUGUGGCAACAAUGAUCAAGUCUACCAGGGGAAGACAGUAUUGUUCAGUGUAGGUAAUUCUGACCUGUGUAACUUCCCCUUGCAGAACACCCUGGCAUCCUUUUGAAAUUCAAGGUAUUCUGGGCAUUCAUACAUUGAGUGUUCUUUAAAAAAAAAGAAAAAAAGAAAGGUUUUGAACAUCUGGUUACAGUGUUUAUUUUUAUUUCUGUCUCUUCAUAUCUACCAUUUCCUGAAUGAAGGCAGGGGUUAGAACUGCUCUCCUAUUGAGAGAAAGGGCAAUUAACAGUGAUGCUCAGAUUGUUACACUGAGGCACAGAAAAAGAAAACAGAACUUGUCCUUGGUUAAUAUGCAGUCCCUAAACCAUUCUUCAUAGAAGAUGUGAAAAUGAAGGAAGUAGCAAAAGGAACACUGUGGUAACUGAGUGCUUUUCUUGUGAAGAACAACAGUGAUGUUUUCUAGCUGGCUGGCUGACUGAGGGAGUGGUAUGUGAUGUGACCUUCGUGUUCCAUGAGCCUUGACCCUUAUGAAGUUGUGAAGAAGGUGACUUCUUCCCCAACAGCCACUUGUCCUCUCCUUUCCAGGACUAUCUCAUAUUCAAGUAGAGUGCUGAAAUAGGAUUCAUUCAUUUGAAUCAUUCAAUCAUUUGAAGCAGUGAGAAAAAAAUGAACAAAGGCAUCAAUUUUCAGUGAAAAUCCCAAGUAUUCCAUUGUUCUAAAGUAUUUUCUGGUCACAGUGAAUAAAAGCACAUCCAGAGUAACCUAUUCAA